CAUAUACAUACAUACACAUUUAAGUUGGAAAAAAAAUAAGUAAAAUUCUGUCAGAUGGUGGAGGAGAUGGGAGUGCUGGAAGGGAGUGGUUUGCGAUUUUAAAUAGGGUGGCAGGGAAGGCUUCGUUAAGGUGACACGAGUGAAAUUUGAAGAUCCUAGCAUGAUCUUCACUCCCAUGUGGCCAGGCCUGGUCCUGGGUGCUCAGGAGCCCUGCUGAUCUCGGUGGGCAGACGGUUCAGAGUACUGAGGGCCUGAGGCCGUCAUGUCAUAGGAGCCGCAUCAGCAACGGGUGGGCUGGGCCUCAGGUGGGAGGUCAGAAGGGGAGACAGCGGCACAGUCAGCUCUGCAAGGGCGCCCGGAGCAGGCAGUGGCCCAAGAGGGUUUGUUUGGAAUGGGAGCCACCAAGGUGUCCUGUGUCGAUGGUAGGGCCAGUAGAGAGGAUGGAUGUCCCUGAGGGCACCAAGAAGAGACUAUCAUAACUGCAGGGCUCCUGGUGAGUAGGAAAGGGCGGGCUCCUCCUGAGGAUCUGCUUUGGUUCUGCUGCGAGGCCAAGGGAGCAUCCUUGGCAGGCUGACGGGGCCUCUUUGGUGGAAGGGCCUAGGUAGGGCUAGACAGAAGAGUCCAGAAGCAUGCCAGAACCCAAGGAAAAGCCAAGUGCAGCUUCAGCUCCAAGGAGUUGGCAGGGACCUUUCAGGGGUUGGCAAGGACCAAGGUUGAGGGGGACGGUUUGGCUUAAUGUAUGGGCAAGGGCCGUGGCAUGGGCUGAGGUGAGCAAGGAGGUGGCAACUGUCCUAGAAACCUGAGGUCAGAGAGCAGAGGCCUGGGUGAGUACUCGGCUUGAGGGCUGGAUCUCAGGAGACCCCAGCCCACCCCACAUCUUCCCUCCUAGGCAGCCUGCCCCAAGCCCUGGGCCCAGAAAUGUGCCCCGUUUCCCCGCCCAGUCCCCCUGAAGUGCCCACACUCCAGGCCCCACAACCCAAGGUGGAUCUUUGCUGGAGCCCUGGAGACUCUAUGGAGAGAGAAAAGCUGGUGGGGCACCUGGCCCGGGCCAUCGAGGAUGGGGAUGAGAAGGGGGCAGCCCAAGCAGCAGCCAUCCUGGCUCAGCAUCAUGUGGCCCUCAGUGUCCAGCUCCAGGAGACCUGCUUCCCUCCUGGCCCCAUCAGGCUACAGGUCACAGUUGAAGAUGCUGCGUCCUCUGCCCACGUCUCACUGCAAGUCCACCCCCACUGCACCAUUGCGACCCUCCAGGAGCAAGUGUUCUCGGAGUUUGGCUUCCCACCAGCUGUGCAGCGCUGGGUCAUCGGGCGGUGCCUGUGUGUGCCCGAGUGCAGCCUUGCUUCCUAUGGGGUCCGGCGGGAUGGGGAUCCUGCUUUCCUCUACCUGCUCUCGGCCCCUCGAGAAGCCCCAGGACGCAGUCCUCAGGGCCCCCAGAAGACAGAUGGGGAGCUAAGUCGCCUGUUUCCUCAGUCACUGGGGCUGCCCAGAGCUCCUCAGCCAGCCAGCUCCAGUCUCCCCAGCCCCCUUCAGCCCGGCUGGUCCUGCCCUUCCUGCACGUUCAUCAAUGCCCCCAGCCGGCCUGGCUGUGAGAUGUGCAGCACCCAGAAGCCCUGUACUUGGGACCCCCUUCCUGCAGCCUCCACCCAGCAGCCGCCAAAGGUCACAAAGAGAGAGGAUGGCCCAAUCCCUCCAGGCCCGAGGUCCCUGGACCCCCUCCUGAAACUCUCAGGGGACCUUUGCUGACUGCUCACUAGGAUCACGCCACGGCUGUGGAGGGGCCCCAGUCUGGGAGUCAUUAAAGACACUUCUGAGCCA